UUCGUGACUCAGACUUUCGUCGACGUUUUUCACACUCUUCUUCUAUUUGCUCAUUGAUUAUGUCUGUGAACGUGUUACGGUUUCGCAUGAUAUUUAAUUGCCCUUCUACUUUGUGCUUUCUUCGACAAGUGGUGUGUCUGAAAGAUUUCUAGCGAAAAUACCCACGAAACUAUUGAACCAAAAUCUCUUUCAAAACUCUGUAUCCGAAAGCAUGUAGGGAAAGUUUGUUUAUGUUUCAGAUGUAUCAAACACAGAUAACCCGUGUUGGUCUAGCGGUUGUGGCUCCAACUGUUUACACACCGCCAGAACACACAAAGAAAUAGACGUGCUAAAACGAAUAAUCAUGGUAAGAAAAUACUUGAUUUUUUCCAUAAAGUGUCACAAUCUCAUCGAUUUAUUUAGGAGGUUCGGUGGGGAAUGGACCCGCGAAAGACGAAAUACUGAUACAAUUCAAAAUAAUCCACGUUCUUCACAAAGAAAGGAUGUACCGUCAACACUUCAAUCUCAACGGAAUACACAUUGGCCAAAAGACGAUAUCAAUGGGGACUAUGAUUUGAAUGUAGAUGAUGAAUAUACUCAACAAAAUCAGCAAAAUCCAGAAGACGAUGGUUUCGAGGAAGGGGAAGAUCAACAAGAUGUUGUCGAAGAAUGGGAAGAAGAACCACCUGGUACAAAGCUUUUUGUGAUCUACUAUUCAUCUUGUCUACACUCAUUUUUAUCAUUCCAGUUCCAAGAAAAAGAAAAAAGUUUUGUUCGUCAAAUGGCAAUACUGAUGAAUCAUCUCGGAAACGUGAUUAUUUACAGUUGUUACGUUAAGUUACAAUCAAAUGUUUCUCAAUAUCAAAGUGAUCAUAAUGAGAAAUUUCCUACAAUUGUUGACUACAAGACGUAUGCCAGAGAUGUUUUGAAGAAAAUAUUCACACUACACGAAUUAGCCGAAUCAAUCGUAUUAGAAAAUAAGAGAUUUUCACGACCUCCAUUAGAACCUGCUCGAUUUCAAAUACUGAAAGAUGCUAUUCGUUCAAAGUACAGAAUAUCGUUGAAUCAAUGGGAUGCAUUUUAUAAAAAUGGUCUACAACGAACAUUAUCGCAAUUAUUAUGUGAUUCAAGAAUAAAGUUAAAGAAGCAGCAACAAAUAAUGUUAUCGACUCCGCUACCUCCAGCAGCAAGUACAACGAUGGGCACAGACAGUCAGACAGACUAG